CUUCACUGCGGGUCUCACUCACAGCCUCUCUCUCCUCUCUCCACAGCUGGCCCCCGAAAGGACACUCCCCAAGUCCCCAGCUGGGGGCCCUGCGUAGAGCUGGAGUGGACACCCCCUCCUUCCCUUCAUGAUUCGUCGGUAGCGCAGUGGCGAUGGAUGAUGAGGAUGGGAGAUGCUUACUAGACGUGAUUUGUGACCCUCAGGCCCUCAAUGACUUCUUACAUGGAUCUGAGAAGCUCGACAGUGAUGACCUCCUGGAUAAUCCCGGGGAGGCCCAAAGUGCCUUCUAUGAAGGUCCUGGGCUCCAUGUACAAGAAGCUUCUGGCAACCACUUGAACCCCGAGCCCAGCCAGCCGGCCCCUAGCGUGGACCUUGACUUCCUGGAAGAUGACAUCCUGGGCUCGCCCUCGGCUGGAGGUGGCAGCGGGGGCGGUGGGGGCGCUGACCAGCCCUGCGACAUCCUCCAGCAGAGCCUCCAAGAGGCCAACAUCACUGAGCAGACACUCGAAGCUGAGGCCGAGCUGGACUUGGGUCCCUUCCAGCUGCCCACCCUGCAGCCCGCAGACGGCGGGGCAGGCCCAGCGGGUGCCGGAGGGGCUGCAGCAGUGGCCACGGGGCCCCAGGCCCUUUUCCCUAGUGGCGCUGACCUCCUGGGGCUGCAGGCCCCGCCCACUGUGCUGACCCACCAGGCCCUGGUCCCGCCCCAGGACGUGGUCAACAAAGCCCUCAGUGUCCAGCCCUUCCUGCAGCCUGUGGGCCUGGGCAACGUGACCCUGCAGCCCAUCCCUGGCCUCCAGGGCCUGCCCAACGGCAGCCCUGGGGGCACUACGGCAGCCACACUCGGCCUGGCCCCCAUCCAGGUGGUGGGCCAGCCAGUCAUGGCACUCAACCCGCCCACCUCCCAGCUCCUGGCCAAACAGGUGCCCGUCAGUGGCUAUCUGGCCUCGGCAGCUGGGCCCUCGGAGCCAGUGACCUUGGCAUCAGCUGGUGUCUCGCCCCAGGGGGCUGGCCUGGUCAUCCAGAAGAACCUCCCCGCCGCUGUAGCCACCACGCUCAAUGGGAACUCGGUGUUCGGAGGGGCGGGAGCUGCCACUGCUGCUGCCAGCGGGACGCCCUCGGGACAACCGCUGGCGGUGGCCCCGGGCCUCGGCACAUCACCGCUGGUUCAGGCACCAAACGUGAUCCUCCAUCGCACGCCCACACCCAUCCAGCCCAAGCCUGCCGGUGUGCUGCCCCCCAAACUCUACCAGCUGACACCCAAGCCGUUUGCCCCCGCAGGCGCCACGCUCACCAUCCAGGGUGAGGCGGGGGGCCUCCCGCAGCAGCCCAAGGCCCCCCAGAACCUGACUUUCAUGGCAGCGGGCAAGGCUGGCCAGAACGUGGUGCUGUCAGGCUUCCCGGCACCUGCUCUGCAGGCGAAUGUCUUCAAGCAGCCUCCUGCCACCACCACAGGGGCAGCCCCACCGCAGCCCCCUGGAGCCCUGAGCAAGCCCAUGAGCGUCCACCUCUUGAAUCAAGGCAGCAGCAUCGUCAUCCCCGCCCAGCACAUGCUGCCAGGCCAGAACCAGUUCCUGCUGCCCGGCACAUCCGCUGUCCAGCUCCCUCAGCCGCUCUCGGCCCUGCCCGCCAACGUGGGUGGGCAGAUCCUGGCGGCCGCAGCCCCCCACGCGGGCGGACAGCUCAUCGCAAACCCCAUCCUCACUAACCAGAACCUGGCGGGCCCGCUGAGCCUGGGCCCCGUGCUGGCCCCUCACUCCGGGGCCCACAGUGCGGCCCACAUUCUCUCAGCUGCCCCCAUCCAGGUGGGCCAGCCGGCGCUCUUCCAGAUGCCUGUGUCGCUGGCCGCGGGCAGCCUGCCCACCCAGAGCCAGCCAGCCACCACCCCCCAGCCCAGCCCAGGCCUGGCAUCUAGCCCGGAGAAGAUUGUCCUGGGGCAGCCGCCUUCUGCCGCCACCACGGCCAUCCUCACUCAGGACUCCCUGCAGAUGUUCCUGCCCCAGGAGAGGAGCCAGCAGCCCCUCUCCACAGAGGGACCCCACCUCUCCGUGCCCGCCUCGGUCAUAGUCAGCGCCCCGCCUCCCGCCCAAGAGCCAGCCCCGACCACCCCCGUCGCCAAAGGAGCUGGCCUUGGCCCUCAGGCCCCCGACAGCCAGGCUUCCCCGGCGCCGGCCCCCCAGAUCCCAGCAGCGACUCCGCUGAAGGGCCCAGGCCCCUCCUCAUCCCCCUCACUACCUCACCAGGCCCCUCUGGGAGACAGCCCCCACCUGCCCUCCCCACACCCUGCCCGGCCCCCUUCCCGCCCACCCUCCCGACCCCACUCCCGCCCGCCUUCCCAGCCCCAGAGCUUGUCCCGCCCACCCUCAGAGCCCGCCCUGCACCCUUGCCCCCCACCCCAGGCCCCCCCGACUCUGCCCAGCAUCUUUGUCAUCCAGAACCAGCUGGGUGUCCCCCCACCUGCAAGCACCCCGGCCCCCACAGCCCCCGGCCCACCCCAGCCCCCUCUGCGACCUCCAUCCCAGCCCCUGGAGGGGCCGCUUCCCCCAGCCCCCCACCUCCCUCCGACUUCCACCUCCUCUAUCGUGGCCUCUGAGACGUCCUCCAGGCUACCAGCCCCCACGCCACCUGACUUCCAGCUCCAGUUCCCACCUGGCCAGGGGCCCCACAAAUCCCCCACGCCCCCUCCCACCCUCCACCUGGUCCCCGAGCCCGCAGCGCCCCCCCCACCGCCUCCUCGGACCUUCCAGAUGGUGACCACCCCCUUCCCGGCGCUGCCCCAGCCGAAGGCUCUUCUCGAGAGAUUUCACCAGGUGCCGUCCGGAAUCAUUCUCCAGAGCAAGGCCGUGGGGGCCCCUGCUGCCCCGCAGACCUCCGCCAGCCUGGGGCCCCUCGCCAGCCCCACUGCCUCUGUGCUGGUCAGCGGGCAGGCCCCAUCCGGGACCCCUGCCACCCCCAGCCAUCCCCCUGCCCCGGCGCCCAUGGCCACUGCAGGCCUCCCUCCUCUGCUUCCUGCUGAGAGCAAAGCUUUUGCCAGCAACCUCCAGACCCUGAGUGUGGCCAAGGCCGCUGCAUCUGGACCAGGGAAAUCCUCUGGGAUGCAGUAUGAGAGCAAGUCGGGCAGCCUGAAGAAACCACCCACACUGCAGCCCAGCAAAGAAGCCUGCUUCCUGGAGCAUUUGCACAAACAUCAGGGCUCCGUCCUGCACCCUGACUACAAGACGGCCUUCCCCUCCUUCGAGGACGCCCUGCAUCGCCUCCUGCCCUACCAUGUCUACCAGGGUGCCCUCCCCUCCCCCAACGACUACCACAAAGUGGAUGAAGAAUUUGAGACGGUCUCCACGCAGCUGCUGAAACGCACCCAGGCCAUGCUCAAUAAAUACCGCCUCUUGCUCCUGGAGGAGUCCCGGAGGGUGAGCCCCUCAGCGGAGAUGGUCAUGAUCGACCGAAUGUUCAUUCAGGAGGAAAAGACCACCCUGGCCUUGGACAAACAGCUGGCCAAGGAGAAGCCCGAUGAGUAUGUGUCUUCUUCGCGCUCUCUCGGCCUCCCGGUCUCCGCCUCUUCCGAUGGACACCGGCUCCCGGGCCAUGGUCUCCCACCAUCCUCAGCAUCUGGAGCCCCAGCCCAGCCCCCUCUGCACCUGCCCACCAAGCUGGUGAUCCGGCACGGUGGUGCGGGCGGCUCCCCUUCCGUGACCUGGGCCCGGGCAUCCUCCUCCUCCCUGUCCUCGUCCUCCUCAUCCUCCGCCGCCUCCUCCCUGGACGCCGACGAGGACGGCCCGAUGCCCUCCCGCAACCGCCCGCCCAUCAAGACCUACGAGGCUCGGAGCCGCAUCGGCCUGAAGCUCAAGAUGGAGCCUGGCUGGGAGGCACCCCCGCUGCCCCCAGCCAAGCGGCGCAAGUCUGAGUCACCCGACGUGGACCAGGCCAGCUUCUCCAGCGACAGCCCGCAGGACGACACGCUCACGGAACACCUCCAGAGCGCCAUCGACAGCAUCCUGAACCUCCAGCAGGCCCCCGGCCGGACGCCCGCACCCCCCUACUCCCACGCCGCCCCGACGGCGGUCACCGCUGCCUCCCGGUCGCCCCUGCACAGGCCAGAGGCCUACCCGCCCUCCAGUCACAACGGUGGCCUCGGCGCCAGGACGUUGAACAGAUAACAUCGGGCUGGUCUUCCCUCCCCCGUCCCGUCGCCCUGCCAGGACGCCGGGAGGGGGUGCAGCGGGGCGUCUGACCUCAGCCUCCUGGGGGACUUGAGCCGGGGACCCCUUGAGUUUUUCUUGCCUAAGUUAUUUGAGUCACAAAGGCCUCCUCCUCCACCUCCUGCUUCAGCUGGGGUGUUGGGUGGGGGCCACGGAUUUUGGGGAGGGGGCUGUAAUGUAAAAUGUCCCCCCCCUCGCCAAAGGAGGGGGUAAUCCUGGUGUGUCAUUUCCUAUUUCUUCCCAUUUACCUGCUCCGCCCCUCCACAGGGGACACGUGUGUGUUCGCCAGGGAUGGGGGCUCCCUGGUUGUCCCCACUGCUCCCGCAUAGCCGGGUACCCACCGGGCUGGUCUGUGUGGCAUCACGGAUCCACACGUCGCGAGCGCUCCGAGCUGGCCGGGUCCUCGGAAGCUGCGCUCAGCCUCUCCCCACCGCCCCCCACAGGCUGAGAAAGGAAGCGUAGGGAAGGGGCGGCGUGAGCCAGCAUCCCCGGCCCGCCACCUGGGGGCGCUGUGCCCGCGGGCACCUUUGUCACAUCCAUGUGUGUGCGUCCCGCUCCAUGUCCUCUGUCCCUUUGUGUGUGCUCGAGAGAGAAAAAGAGUUCGAAGCCUCCAGUCCCUCAACUGAAAUCUGAGCACCUCCAACACAGGAAACCGGGGUCUUCCUCCCACCCCCUCCCCCGCCAGUCUUCCCUCCGUUCUUCCUGCCGCCAGCCACCCGCGCCAGAUUUUGAAAUCUUGGAGACAAAACUAGUACUGUAAGAUAAAUUUUUUUGUACUGUAUUUAUUGUGUAUAACGAUUUUUUUAAAGGAGAAUUCUGUACAUUUAGAACUCUUGUAAAUUAAAAAACGAUCCUUUUUUUAAAACUGUA